AUGGCUUACGUAUUAACAGAAACCGCUGCCGGUUAUGCUUUGUUGAAAGCGUCAGACAAAAAGAUUUACAAGUCUUCGUCGUUGAUCGAAGACUUGAACACAGUUGAAAAAGUGACAGAACAAUUCAAGAUCCACCGUUUCGAGAAGUUCCAGUCGGCUGCCAACGCUUUGGAAGAAGCCAAUGCUAUUAUCGAGGGACGUAUUUCGGACAACUUGAAAAAAAUGUUGGAAGACGUCAAGAACGACAAGAAGGCCACUUUAAUUGUGUCGGAAGCCAAGUUAGGUAAUGCUAUCAACAAGUUAGGAUUGAACUUUUCUGUUGUUUCAGAUGCUGCCUCUUUAGACUUGCACAGAGCCAUCAAAGAAUUUUUGCCAGAAUUGUUGCCAGGUUUGGAUGAUUCAGCCUUAAAGCAAAUGUCUUUAGGGUUAGCCCACUCCAUGGGUCGUCACAAAUUGAAGUUUUCUGCUGACAAGGUUGAUACCAUGAUUGUUCAAGCAAUUGCUUUAUUAGAUGACUUAGACAAGGAAUUAAACACAUAUGCUAUGCGUUGUAAGGAAUGGUACGGAUGGCAUUUCCCAGAAUUGGCUAAAAUGAUCACUGACUCCGUUGCAUACGCAAGGAUCAUUUUAACCAUGGGUAUUAGAUCCAACGCAGCUGAUACCGACUUAUCUGAAAUCUUACCAGAAGAAGCUGAAGAACAAGUUAAGUCUGCCGCAGAAGUUUCUAUGGGUACCGAAAUCACUGAUAUUGAUUUAGAAAACAUUAAAGCUUUAGCUGAGCAAAUUGUUGACUUUGCUGCUUACAGAGAACAAUUAUCUAACUACUUGUCAUCCCGUAUGAAGGCUAUUGCUCCAAAUUUAACUGCUUUAGUUGGUGAAUUAGUCGGUGCUAGAUUAAUUGCUCAUUCAGGUUCUUUAACCUCAUUGGCAAAGGCCCCUGCAUCAACUAUCCAAAUAUUGGGUGCUGAAAAGGCCUUAUUCAGAGCUUUAAAGACUAAGCAUGAUACACCAAAGUAUGGUUUAUUAUACCAUGCUUCGUUAGUUGGUCAAGCUUCUGGUAAGAACAAGGGUAAGAUUGCUAGAGUUUUAGCGGCCAAGGCUGCCGUUGCCUUAAGAUAUGAUUCUUUAGCCGAAGAUCGUGAUGACUCUGGUGAUUUCGGUUUAUCCGUUAGAACUAAGGUCGAAUCCAGAUUAAGUGCUUUAGAAGGCCGUGACUUAAGAACCACCGCUAAGGUUAUCAGAGAACAACCAAAGGUUGAUAUCACUGAAGCCCGUGCUUACAACGCUGAUGCUGAUGCUCCAAUGGCUGAUGCCGACUCUGAUGAUGAAUCCGAAACCGAAGAAGAACCAAAGAAGGAAAAGAAAGAAAAGAAAGAAAAGAAAGAAAAGAAGGAAAAGAAGGAUAAGAAGGACAAGAAGAGAAAGAGAGAAGAAGACGACGAAGAAGAAGAUUCAAAGAAAUCAAAGAAGGAAAAGAAGGAAAAGAAAGAAAAGAAGGAUAAGAAAGAGAAGAAAGAUAAGAAGGAAAAGAAGAAGGAAAAGAAAUAA